AUGGAGAGCAUAGAUGACGAUAGUGAUGGCGAGUGGCCGACAUCACCAAUGCAAGUUUUGGAGGAUGCUGUAAGAGCUGCUGGUGAGGCACUGCACAAUGUCUACUCUAGAAGUUUACCCCCCUCAAGUCCAGAGAGUUUCGGGCAUAGACGUACUCGUAGUGAUGUGGUUGGUAAUCCACUUCAUAAGAGGAGCAACAGCAUCCAGCGUUUCAAGUCUCAUAUGCAAAGGGCACUUCGAUGGGGCGGGAAUUCUAGUGAACAUAGUCGCUCCACGUCUUUUAAUCCUGAGAUUUUGGCUGAUCAAAAACGGCAAUGGUAUGAGUGUCACUCAAAAACCUUGGAUUAUUCCAGAUAUAAGGAGCCAACAUCCCUGUUUGAACACUUUGUUAUUGUGGGUCUUCAUCCAGAUGCUAACCUCGAAGUGUUUGAGGAAGCAUUUGCCAGGAGGAGGAAAUGGGAAUUAGAUAUGGCAAAAUCUGAUCAUUUUGAUUUUAGAACCCUGGAGAAUCAGGGACCUUCUCUUCCCAAGCUGGAACCUCAGAUACUUUUUGGUUAUCCUCCUGGAAAGAAAUUAGCUAUGCGGCCUAAAGAUUUGGCUUCUUUCUGCUUUCCAAGUGGUGUUAAGGCUCGUGUAGUCCAGAAGACUCCAUCAUUAAGUGACCUGAAUGAAGUUGUUUACGGACAGGAGCAUUUAAUCAGGGAUGACUUGUCCUUCAUAUUUUCGUUGAAGGUGGCUGACAAUGCAACACUAUAUGGAGUUUGCUUACUUGUACAAGAAUUUGUCCAGAGAGCACCUGCCAUUUGUCGUGUUUCAUCAUCGGUUUCCCAGUCGUCAUUAGGUCUUAGUCGGUAUUUGGUCUCUGCUCCCCGCUGUUACUGUGUUUUAACGAGAGUUCCGUUUUUUGAGCUGCAUUAUGAGAUGCUAAACAGCAUCAUCAUGCAAGGGCGUCUGAAUAGAAUAAAUUAUUGUAUCUCUGAAUUAGCAGUGACUGAUCAUUCACUCUCCACGUCCAAAUCCUGUAAUGAGAGUGAAAACACAGAUUCUCUUCCUUGGGUGGCUGAGGGAGAAUGGAAGGCUUCUGAUGUACCCAUUGACAGUGCUAUAGCUCUCGCUUCUGUCGAUGGAUUAGACCAUGAGGUAACUUCAUUGUCAUCUAGGUGGGAAUCUCUUUCCCCUGGAAGAGAUACUUCUAGUGAAGUAUCUGAUCACAUUCAAAUGAGGACAUUACAUCAGGAUUGCGGAAAUGAUAUGCACCAUCUGAAUAAUGCUAGCUGUGAGCUCUCUGAAAAUCAUUCCGUAAUGGAGGAGAAGAUACAUGAAGAUUAUGAAAGCGAACCAGCUUCUCAUGUUGUUGACUCAUGUGCUUGCCUGGAGAAUGAAAACUUGGAGCGUCUUGAAAGUUUUGAGUCAUUCAGUUCAGCGACAAGUAUGGUUGUAUUAGAGGAUAAUGAUGACAUUUUCUUGGACAAUGGUACAUAUGUUGGGAAUGAUAUGACGUUAGAAUGGGCUAAGGAGAAUAAGAAUGAUUUGCUUCAGAUAGUUGGUAACUAUUACUCAAUAUCUCUUCCUCCACGAGGAAGUGAGAUUAUUUUUCAGCCGCUUGAGCACCUACAGGCUAUUCAUUACACUAGGCUUCCACUUUCUGCUCUUCAAAGUAGUGGUGAACAGUCAGAUCCUGAAAUACAGGAUCCAAAUAAAGCUUCUCAGGUCAUUUUGCAAUUUGCGGUUGCUGAAGAAGCUGCUGCUUUGUCGCUGUGGACAACCGUGACACUUUGUCGAAUGCUUUCUCUGGAAAAGAUUUUGGCCCUAAUUACUGGAGUUUUGCUGGAGAAGCAAGUAAUAAUGCUGUGCCCAAAUUUGGGUGUUCUGAGUGCCAUGGUAUUGUCUAUUAUUCCCAUCAUUCGUCCGUUUGAGUGGCAAAGUCUUUUCCUUCCAAUUUUACCAGAGAAGAUGCUUGACUUCUUAGAUGCACCAGUUCCCUUCAUUGUUGGCAUUCAACAUAAACUGGCAAAUUUGAAGAUGAAAAGUUCAAAUAUUGUGAUCGUGAAUGUAGUUAAAGAUCAGGUUAAGAUGUCUAACUUGCCUGUUCUUCCUCGGUACAAGGAACUCAUAUCUAAGCUUGAGCCAUAUCAUGCCAGAUUAUCAAGCAGAAGUUCUAAUGCUCAGAAACAUCCCAUUUACAGGUGCAAUGAAGUGCAGGCAGAAGCAGCUACGCAUUUUUUGCACGUCAUGAAACACUACUUCGAAUCUCUUUGUUCAGAUUUGAGAUCUUAUUCAAUAACUUACGUGCAAUCAAAUAAUGAUCGGGUCUCUGUUCUUCUGAAAGAUAGUUUUAUUGAAUCCUUUGAAAGAAAAGACCAACCUUUUAUUAAGACUCCCGAUUGUGAAUAUGUGGGGAGUAACAAGCUUUAUCAUUCCAGUUCAAGAUGCAAGAAGUAG